GUCGGUGAAUGGACUCUCGCGAGUCCUGGAGGCAGCCCGGGAGAAGGGCAUUCACUGCGACCCAGCAAGGCCUACUGCCAUCGAGAACUUGCCAAAUCAUCUUUAUUUUCAUCUUGACAUCUUCGAGCCGCAAGCCUCUUCAACAAUGGAGCCUGUACAGAACACUGCGGCGCGGCCACCGCCCGAUCUGCACAUUCCAGCCUCGCAAAGCACCGUUGAAGUCUACAUCAUUGACACGACGAGCUUCAUGACCGGCUUCCCGGCCGCAGCUUUCGUGGACCCGAUUGUGCCCGGCUUCGAGAUCAUGAAUGGCCUCUCGUACUCGUACAUGGUCCGGCACCGAAGCACCACUGACGACACAAAGUACGACACGCUGUUGUUCGAUCUUGGCGUGCGGAAGGAUUGGGAAAACAGCCCGGAGCCGUUUGUGCGCGGCAUCAAGGAGGCCGGGUUCGGCAUCAAGGUGGACAAGGACGUCGCGACCAUCCUCACCGAGAACGGGGAGCGGCUCGAAGAUGUCGGCGCCAUCAUCUGGUCACACUGGCAUUUCGACCAUACUGGCGACCCGACCCGGUUCCCCUUGACCACAGACCUGAUUGUCGGCCCCGGCUUCCGGGAGAGCGUCAUGCCGGGCCACCCGACUGACUGGGAGUCACAUGUCGACUCGCGGGCUUGGCAAGGUCGGGGCCUGCACGAGGUGGACUUUGACGGGCACAGCGCUGCUCCCCCCGUCAUAAACAAUAACAACAACAACUUGCCAAAGACGACGUCACCGUUGAAACUCAAUGGCGAGGCCACCACUGUCCAAGACGAGGGCACUGGCCUGCUGCUCGCCUCGCGGCCCAGGAUCCAGAUCGGGCAGUUCCGCGCUAUCGACUUCUACGGCGACGGCAGCUUCUACCUGCUCGACUCGCCCGGCCACGCCAUCGGCCACAUGUCGGCCCUGGCCCGCACGACAGCCGACCCGCCGUCCUUUAUCCUGCUCGGCGGAGACAUUGCGCACCACGCCGGCGAGUACCGCCCGUCGCCGUAUAUGCCGAUGCCCGACAUGAUCCACGGCAUCCGCGACCCCCGGCCGAACGGUCUCGCCGGCUGUUGUCCGGGCAAGGUCUUCAUGGCCAUCCACCCACGCAACGAUCCCCAGGCGCCCUUCUUCGACCCAGUGCCCGGCGACUUCUGGCACCACGACGCGGCCGAGGCCAAGGAGAGCAUUGUCAAGAUGAUGGACGCCGACGCGCACGACAACAUAUUCCCCGUCAUGGCGCACGACAUGACCCUCGGGGGCACGAUUGAGCUGUACCCGAAACCCGCGAAUGACUGGAUGGCGAAAGGGUGGAAGAACAAGACGAGGUGGCGCUUUCUCGAGAGCUUCAAUCCGUUGGUUGGCGCUUGACCGCGCGCAGGAGGGGGAAUGGAGCUUCUUUUUUUUUCGUGUCUUGUUCUCAUUUGUGUGGAGUUGGAGAAUGUCUUUACAACCUUGAGUGGCCUACGGGUUUUCGUUUUCUUGACUCCACGAGUCCUGAUUGUUUUCCAGAUAUCAGAUAUAGCACGCCAAACGUAAAAAGGCUUUGAAUCCUCGAGACAACUUCAUGAGCAGAGUGACGCGUGAAGGAGAGAACUGGAGUGUGA